UACAAAAAGUAGGGUUAUAGUUUGCUCCGUGGGGUGGUCGAAUAGAUGUCGAGGAUUUCGAGGUGUCGGUAGAAGACAAAAAUAUUGUAUACCUUUUAGUGAAAUCUACAAAACAAAUACUUUAAAAAUGUUCAAAAAGCAGGUUUCGAAGCCAAUUAAAAUCCUUAAUUUUAAAAUGUCGAAAACGAUGUUUUACGCAAGCGGUGCUGCAGCCACUAUGGGCAUCACGUUGUUAAUCAAGGAAUGGACCGGAGGACAAAAAUUACAACCCAAUGUCUUGGCCGAGGGAAAAGUAGCAAUUGUAACAGGAGCUAAUACAGGUAUUGGUAAAGAAACGGCACGAGAUCUGGCCAAACGAAAAGCGAAAGUGUAUAUGGCAUGUCGUGAUUUAAAACGUUGUGAAGAAGCUAGAAGUGAAAUAGUUUUAGAGAGCAAUAAUAAGUAUGUGUACUGUAGGGAGUGUGAUUUAGCUUCAUUUCAAUCUAUUCGAAAUUUUGUUGAGCAAUUUAAGUCAGAGCAACAACGUUUGGAUAUUCUUAUUAAUAAUGGAGGAGUGAUGAGAACUCCCAAGUCCACAACUAAAGAUGGAAUUGAAUUACAACUAGGUGUUAAUCACAUGGGACAUUUUUUGUUAACUAAUUUGUUAUUGGAUGUAAUGAAGCAAUCUGCACCAAGUCGAAUUGUCAAUGUUUCAAGUGUGGCUCAUAAAAGAGGGAAAAUAAAUAAAGAAGAUUUGAAUAGUGAUAAAAGUUAUGACCCAGCAGAUGCAUAUGCUCAAAGUAAAUUAGCUAAUAUUCUUUUCACAAAAGAACUAAGCAAGAAAUUAGUGGGCAGUGGAAUAACAGUGAAUGCUGUGCACCCUGGUAUAGUGAAUACAGAAAUAAUUCGCCACAUGAGCUUCUUCAAUAGUUGGCUGGCAAAAAUUUUUAUUAAACCUCUAAUUUGGCCAUUUAUUAAAAACCCUGAUCAAGGUGCCUAUACUGUAAUUUAUGUAGCCUUGAGUAAUAAAUUAAAGGGUGCAACAGGAAAAUACUUCAGCGACUGUGAAGAGGCAGAAGUUAGUGAAGCUGCAAAUGAUGAAACAACAGCUUCAUGGUUGUGGGCUGUAAGUGAAAAAUGGACACGACUGAAUACAUCAUAAGAUAAAAAGUACUUGUAGAAAAAAAUAAUUUAUAAAUUUUUUAAAUAUGUU